AUGCACUUCGCUAACCUGGCUUGCGCUCUUCUUUCCACCGCCAUUGCGGUCAAUGCAUCCCCUUUCGCCAAUCCCGACGUAUCCAGCGCUCAGGGCCCACCCUGCAACAAGGACUUUUCCGACGAAGCCUGCGGCUCUUGUCACUAUUUCCGCCAGUGCAUUGACGAUCGCACCAAGGCCUGGAUCACCCCUUGCGAGGGGUGUGACCACACCUCUUGGUGCAACUGCACUGCUCCUCCCGAUAUCCUCGACCCUCCCCAAAACUUUCGAUUCUAG